AUGAAAGGGGUUUUCUUCAGACUGCCUCAGCUCAACCAAACACUAAUAUGUUGUGAUGGUGCUGCCAAAGGAAAUCCUGGUGCUGCAUGCAUUGGUUUUAUUGCAAGACAGAGUGAUGAAAUAUGCUUAGGGGAUGGAAGUGGAGGGUUGGGAGUUACAACAAAUUACAUUGCAGAGGUGAUGGCACUAAUAACAACAGGUGAAUGUGCAGUGGGUAAACAUCUAACUGAUGUAUGUUUUAGCUUAGAUUCUAAAACUGUUAUACUGGCAUUUACCAGAGGUAAAGUUCCAUGGAUUGUCAAGAAUAGAUGGAGGAAAAUGAAGAAGACGUUGAGAAGUAUUACUUUCAGGCAUUCAUACAGGGAAGUUAACUUUUCAGCUGAUCAGUUAGCUAAAAAAGGAAUAACUCUUGGAAAAGGAGUAGUAAUUCUAUAUGAGGGUAGGCCUAAUUUUUUAAGAAUAAUGGAGCAGGAGGAUGCACAUUACUUCAGAUUCACUUGA